AUGCCAGGAUCAGCAGCAGCAGCACGUCUUGUUCAAGGUGAAGCAGUAGCAGCAGCAGUAGUAGCAGCAGCAGCAUCAGUAGCAGCAGUAGCAGUAGCGGCAGCAGCAGCAGCAAUAGCGAUAAUUGCAGCUCGCCCAAAUAUCGCAUGUGCCUCAAAACGAAGCAAACCACCGCCGCCACCUGCUUCUCCCACGAAAACACAGCCUGUUGUCGAGGAAUUUGCCCAGCCAUUGCCCCAGGCACUUCAGCCGCAGCAGAUUGAUGCGGAUGUAGCAGUGGUGCCCAGUAGCGCCAGUGAUGUGGAACUUCAUGAGCUGCAACCUCUGUCUCUGCAUCCUUCUCCUCCGGUGCCAUUUCCCGAAGAAACUCCCGCUGAAGCGAGCACAAGCGAAGCAGUCGAAAAAGGCGAAUUGGACGAGGAAUUAAGCUAUGGAUCAUAUCAGCCUAGAAAAUUACGGCUGCUUUCAUCGCCCAGAAGCAGUACAUCUUCAAAAUCACCACGAUCGCAACCAGCGGUAAAAUUGCGGCGAUCAAAAUCACCGUUAAAAUCACCUCGAUCAGAAUCACCACUAAAAUCACCUCGACUGGAAUCGCCGUUAAAAUCACCUCGAUUCCGCUCACCGCUUAAAUCACCGCGAUUAUCACAAUCAUCGUUGAAAUCAGCGCGAUCUCAAUCAAUAAAAGCAUCGCAGUCAAAGUCGCAGCAGCGGCAACAGUCGCCUCUAAGAUCGCCUCAGGCGCAAUCACCGCUGAGAUCGCCAGUUAGCUUCUCAUCGCAAAAGCAAAAUCAUGGCAGUAUAAUGCGAUACAAAGCCGUUUUGUUUAAGAGGUUUCUGGAAGGUGUGCAAAAGCUAAGGACGGAAAGUGAAACGGUUUCGGAUAUUACUCAGUUGAAAGAUGGUGGAAGUUCACCGAAGAAAACAUCGAAAUCUGCUGUUAAUGCUCCACAGGUGAAACUAGCGGAGGAUGGUACGCUGAUAAUCGAUGAGACGAGUUUGGUAAUAACAAACGAAAAUGAGUCCGAUAUGUGGGAAACGGUUGAAGAGGACCGUAUGAACAAAAAACUCAGUUCGUUGAGCUUUCGAAAACGGCCGAUGUAUCGUGGCAAUCCAUGGAAUGAUCUUGAAACUGAUCUUUUUUACGAUAUUUUAAGGGCAACGGGACCAGAUUUUGGAUUAAUGCAUGAAUUUUUCCCGUCUCGGACGAGAGUGGAGCUGAAGGCGAAGUAUAAUCGCGAAGAAAGAUUUAACUGGGAUCGCUUAAAUCAGGUACUGAACUACUUAUCUCCAGCCAAGCCAUCGGUAGUCGCUGUGGCACUGGGUGGUGAUAUAUUGCUGGGCAAAGUCCUCUCGCAGAAACAGAAAACAUUCGAAAGUAACCCAAACAGUUUUGUAUGUUUUGUGUGUAUGUGCUCAAUACAGGCAUUAGCAGCGCCGACACUGCUAAGCGAUGCGCUUUAUAAGCAUGCUGGUGAAGUGAUCAACAGGAUAAAGGAUGGCGAAAUGAAGAAAAGGGAGCAGAAACUGAAAAAGAAUAGCCCCACCAGCGAUGCUCCUGCCGUGACGUGUCUGAGACAGACUUGUUCCUCUCAAAUGUUGCAUCGGGUUUUCAUGAAACAUUUCCAGAGCUCUGGCUGCAUCCAUGAAGCGGAAGCUGAAGAAGCAAUAUUACAGUUACAGGAGGAAGCAGAGGAAGAACCACGACGGCCCAGUGAAUCUGGAAAAAGGCCUCGAAAAGAGAAAGCGGCAGCGAAAAAGAGGAUGAAAGAAGCACUGCUAAGUGAGGUGGCUGAAGAAGCAGAGCAGGUACUCAGGCAAAAAAAGGACGAAAGAAAGAAAGUACAAGUGAAGAAAAUGUGUGAAAAGGCUCUAAAAAAACUCGACAAAAACUUCCCAAAAUUCAGUAUUUUGGUCGAUGAAAAAGCGGAUAGUAUUACGGUGGAAUCGGAUGCAAACUCACAAGGAUUGCCGAUCGUACGAAUACCACUGGGAACCACUGCUAAGGUAUUAGCAGCUGAUGCGCAGCAACCACAGCGAGUAUUUUUUGAAUGUAGUGCUAGAAAAGGUGUUACCGGACAGCAGUACGUGAUGCAGCAUCAGAUGGGUCCAGGGCAACCAUCCACCGGUUUCCUUCACUUAUUUGAGAAUAUCCGCACGUGA